GGCCGAGCUCGCUGAAGUGGAGGCAGAGGAGGCCGCGCCCAUGGGGUCUCGACAUCCGCCGCUGGCCGCCCUGUACCUGCUAGGGCUGCUGGUCACUUCCUGCCUCAGAGGCCUCAGAGGGCUCAACUUAGAGGACCAAGGGUUCACAGUGAGACUAAGCGGCUCCGGCUCGCGGUGCCAGGGCCAUCUGGAGGUCAACUACAAGGACGAGUGGUACACGGUGCACAGCCAGAGCUGGGGCCUGCGCCCGUUCCACCGGGAGGACCCCGGUCGGGCCUGGAAGCUCUGCCAGGAGCUGCGAUGCAGGGAGCCCUUGCUCCUCUCCCACUUCCGUCACUUCAAAGGGAAGCGACCCCAGAGCCAGAUCACCUGCCGUGGACAACUGGGGUCCUUCUCCAACUGCAGCGACAGCAAGGCAAAUCAGGGGGACCCUCUGGCCCUGAUCUGCUUAGAGCCACUGAGGACAACACCUCUUCCCACGAGCCCCCCGCCCAUAACCACUCCGGAGCCCACAGCUCCUCCCAGGCUGCAGCUGGUGGCGCGACCCGGGGGCCUGCGGUGUGCAGGCCUGGUGGAGUUCUACAGCGGCAGCCUGGGUGGCACCGUCGGCAUCGAGUCCCAGGACGGGAUCCAGGACCUGGGGAACCUCAUCUGUGCAGCCCUCCAGUGUGGCUCUUUCCUGAGGCCUCUGCCAGAGACCGAGGCAGCCAGGAAACUAGAGCCAGGAGAGAGCGGUCCCUUGCCAAUCCGGUGGAGGAUCCAGAACAGGAGAUGUGCCACCCUGGAGCAGUGCUUCAGAAAAGUUCAGCCCCAGGCGGGAGGCCAAGCUCUUGGCCUCAUCUGUUCUGAUUUCCAGCCCAAGGUGCAGAGCCGCCUGGUGGGGGGCAGCGGCACGUGUGAAGGCUCCGUGGAGGUGCGCCAGGGCAAGCAGUGGGACGCCCUGUGCGACAGUUCCUCGGCCAAGGGCAUGGCGAGGUGGGAGGACGUGUGCCGGGAGCAGCAGUGCGGCAACGUCAGCUCCUACCAGCUGCUGGACACCGGCGAGAAGACCUCCGGGGGGUUCUUCUGUCCCCCGGGGAAGCUGUCCCAGUGCCACCAGCUUCUGCAGAAAAAAUCCCACUGCAAGAGAGUGUUUGUCACCUGCCAGAACACACGCCCAGCGGGCCUGGGUGCAGGCACAGUGGCAAGCGUCAUCCUGGCCCUCGUGCUUGUGGUAAUGCUGCUGGUGGUGUGUGGCCCUCUCGCCUACAAGAAGCUGGUGAAGAAAUUCCGCCAGAAGAAGCAGCGCCAGUGGAUUGGCCCGACGGGAUUGAACCAGAACAUGUCUUUCCAUCGCAACCACACGGUGACUGUCCGGUCCCAGGCUGAGAACCCCACGGCCUCCCACCUGGAGAACGAAUACAGUCAGCCUCCCAGGAACUCCCAAAUCUCAGCUUUUCCAGCUCUGGAAGGGGCCCUGCGUCGUGUCUCCACCCAGCCCGAUAACUCCUCUGACAGUGACUAUGAUCUGCACGGGGCUCAGAGGCUGUAA